GAGAAAAAGAGGGACGACCAGCGUGUACAAUUUGAUGGACUUUAGACCCAACAGUUCCAACAGAAAAAACAAACAGUCGUCGAAACAACAGCUCUUCCUUUGAAAAACCUUUCCACCAAAACAACAAACCAAAUACGAUGAAUAAAUAUCCCAACACCGAAAGACUACUUUCUUCAAACCCAAGAAACAUGAUGCUCUUGAAACCAUCUGCCUUAUUAAAAUCUUCAAAGCCCCAGCCGCAACAACAACAAGGAUUCGCCGAAUCUCUAAUCGGCGAUAGUGUGGAUGUCGUUGAAGCUUUCAUAAGCCAAUGGGUUUCCCCACACCACAACGAUUCUUCUACAUCUUCGUGCAUCCUCUCUUCCCUCUUCUCCCCCCAAAAUCGUCUACAAGGCAGACACUUCCUCGAGGUUCUUGGCAGGUUACAAUACGCUAUUCAAAGUACGGUUGUGAUGAACCCAGACUCCGCUAAGCUUGCUCAAGGCCAGGAUUUGAUGGGCAAAGCUAUGAAGCAUUUGGAAAAGGAGUUUUACCGGGUUAUGAAAUCAAAUAGCCGGUUUUUGGAUCCAGAAUCUGUCUCCGGUUGGUCUUCGAGAUUGUCCGAGUCCAACACACCUUUGAGAUCAAGUGGAAACGCUUUAGAUUCUUCAUCUGAUGAUCACGAGCUUGAUUAUGAUACCUCAUCUGACUUAGGUAACGAUAGAGGAGGAUUUGGAGAUGCUAAUGCUAUCGUGGAUUUAAAGAUGAUAGCAAAUUGCAUGAUCUCUUCUGGUUACGAGAAAGAUUGUGUUAAAAUCUAUAAGAAAUUUCGAAAAAAGAUCAUCGCCGACGCAUUAUCUAAUCUAGGGUUUGAGAAGUUAACCUCUACGCAGAUGCAUAAACUAGAAUGGGAGAUUCUGGAGAAGAAAAUCAAAGCAUGGGUAAGGGUUGCGAGGGUAGCGAUCACCACUUUGUUUAACAGAGAACGAAUCCUUUCCAAUCACAUUUUCACCUCCUCCGUCGCUGAGUCUUGCUUCGUGGAGAUUACGCUACAGAGCGCGUUAAACCUCUUCAUCUUCUCACUAACAGUAGCGAAAUCCAAAAAAUCUGCAGAGAAGAUCUUCCCAACGCUUGAUGUUUACCAGACGAUCUUACACCUAAUUCCCAAAAUUGAUCAGAUAUUCAGCUACGAUUCAACCGCUACCGUUAGAUCACAAGCGUCUGAAUCUCUAGAAAAACUCUCCGGAUCAGUGAACGCGAUGAUGAUGGAGUUUCAAUCAUCGAUUACGAAAGAGUCGUCUAAAUCGGCGAUUCCUGGUGGCGGAGUUCAUCAGCUCACGAGGUAUGUGAUGAACUUCAUCGUCUUCCUCGCAGACUACAACGACUCACUCACGACAGUUUUCAAGGAGUCAUCAUCGUUACCUUUACCGGAGGAUUACUUCAGAAGCAGCGGUGAAGAAAAUCCAGGAUCCGGUGAUCAAUCUCCAAUGGCGGCGAGACUCGCGUGGUUGAUUCUCGUCUAGCUUUGCAAAAUCGACGCCAAAUCUCGUCUUUACAACAUCUCAGCUCUAUCAUAUCUCUUCCUCGCAAACAACCUCCAUUAUGUCGUGACCAAGGUCCGUACUUCGAACCUCAAGGUCGUACUCGGAGAAGAUUGGGUGACAAAUCACGAGGUUAAGGUGACUCAGUACCUCGAGAAAUAUGAGAAAUUGGCGUGGGGAGAUGUAGUAACGUCGCUUCCCAGAGAUUCGACGAUGGAAACGAAGGCGGAGGAGUCACUGAGAAGAUUCAACGAAGCGUUCGAAGAGGCUUACAAGAAACAUAAGCCUUGGGUUGUACCCGAUCCAAAACUUAGGGUCGAGAUCCAAGCCUCUGUCUCGAAUAAACUCAUUCCCGGGUAUACGAGUUUCUACAAAAAAUACCCGCUCGGAUCAUGCAAGAUUGUCAGAUUUACCCCCGAAGAUCUGAAUAGUUACAUAUCCGACCUAUAUAUUGGUUUAGGAAGAACUGUGCUUGUAUCAAAAACAAACAAGUACAUGGCUGUUAGCCAAGCCACGGAUUUGAAGCAUCGCUCCAUUUAA